AAAAAAAAAAAAUAAUAAUAAAAAAAUUGAAAUUUGCUUUGUAUCCUUCUUCUCAGAUUCCCACUCUCCAUUUUCAUUAUCUUCCUCGUACCGCGCCGAACGAUCUCGGCGUUCCCUACGCUGUGCUCUUCUUCUCAACCCAGCAUGGAUAAUGGUGGAGGUCUGAGUUUGUUCCCACUGCAUCGCACCAAGACCAUUCACCUGGUAAGGCACGCUCAAGGAAUCCACAACGUAGAUGGGGAUAAGAACUACAAAGCUUACAUGUCCCCAGAAUACUUUGAUGCACACCUUACUCAGCUGGGCUGGCAACAGGUUGACAAUUUGCGUAAACAUGUGCAUUCAACUGGGCUUAUAAAGAAAAUUGAUGUGGUCAUCACAUCUCCAUUGCUAAGGACCAUUCAAACAGCUGUUGGGGUGUUUGGUGGCGAGGGCUAUGCAGAUAGGAGGGAUAAAUUACCAUUAAUGGUAGCAAAUGCUGGAAACAGCGGCCGUGCUGCAAUCUCAAGUCUAAACUCCCCACCAAUUCUUGCAGUUGAACUGUGUCGAGAGCAUUUGGGAGUUCAUCCUUGUGAUAAGAGGAGAAGCAUUAGCGAAUAUCAGUUCCUUUUUCCAGCAGUUGAUUUUUCCAUGAUAGAGAGUGAUGAUGACAGUUUAUGGAAGGCUGAUGUCAGAGAGACCAAAGAGGAAGUAGCAAUCAGAGGAAAGAACUUCCUGAACUGGUUACUCACAAGGAAAGAGAAGGAGAUUGCAAUAGUUACACACAGUGGAUUCUUGUUUCACACACUUGCUGCAUUGGGCAAUGACUGCCACCCUCUCGUGAAGAAAGAAAUUUCUAGUCACUUUGCCAAUUGUGAGCUUCGUUCUAUGGUCAUCGUGGACAGAAGCAAUAUUGGUUCGGAUUUUUCAUCAACUAAUUAUCCUGGAAAGAUCCCAUCUGGCCUUGAUGCUCCUAGUGAUGCUGGUUGCAAUCCAGAUCAAGAGAAAGACUCGCCCAACUCAAUACCAAAGUAA